AUGUUUCCGAGGCAGGGCAACGAGGAACACCAGUUCCACCACAGCUCCAUAUAUCCGGACCCACCGCAUGGUCCUUUCUCUACCGCGCCUCUCGACAUGGGCCUCACAUCUGAUGCCUCGUCCUACUACCCACGCAUGAGCCAGGAUCUGCCCACGACGAUGACCGGCUUGGAGAACAUACCCUUUGCCGUCGACGGGCAUGCAGGCUGGCCAUACGCCGGCAUGUCCCCACCAACCUUCCCGGACGACAGAGAGAUGGCAAUCGCCUCAAACAUGUCUACCGGGUCCGGCCCCUCAGCGCCCUCGUCCGCGGUCGGCUCACCACGAUCGACACACGGCCACCCAGCACCAAUACCGGAGUGGGCUCCCCAGGGCGUGACCAUGAGCCCUGGUAUCGUGGGGAACCACGAGUACUUCAACACUGGGACGGAGUACAGCUUCGCACCAUCAGGUAUGGAGGAUCUCACAUCUUUUGCAUACGUAGACACUUCGAAGCCGCUCGGAUAUGUUGAUCCAAGCCUGAUCAACCCCGAGAUCGCGCGCCCGCUCAUGCAACCUUACGACGGUGGCUUCCAGCACGCGCCGUCCGUCCAGCAGCAGCAGCAGGCAGCCCCCGUCUACCCCAACUCGCCCGCCCUGACCUCGUCCUCGCCACACGUGAGGAACGGAAGCCAGAGCCCCUUCCUGGCCGCCAACGCCGGCUAUCACUUCUCGCCGUAUCCGGUCCCAGUGGACCAGAACCGGAGGCCAAGCCUGGUCUCAUUCCGCUCGGGCCACUCUGGCACGUAUAGCGACACCGAAACCAAGGAGAAGCAGAGAUGCCCCCACCCCGAGUGCGGCAAGGUCUUCAAGGACCUGAAGGCCCACAUGUUGACGCAUCAGACCGAGCGCCCUGAAAAGUGCCCGAUCACGACCUGCGAGUACCACACCAAGGGCUUCGCCCGCAAGUACGACAAGAACCGACACACUCUGACGCAUUACAAGGGGACGAUGGUCUGUGGCUUCUGCCCAGGCUCCGGCUCCGCGGCAGAGAAGUCCUUUAACAGGGCUGAUGUCUUCAAGAGGCACCUGACGGCGGUGCACGGGGUGGAGCAGACCCCACCCAACAGCCGCAAGAACAAGAACGGCGCUGGUGCUGCACCCGCGGGCACUGGCAAGAAGCCUGGCCCCGGCUACGCGCCUGAUGCCACCGGCAAGUGUUCCACCUGCUCGCAGACCUUCAGCAAUGCGCAGGACUUCUACGAGCAUCUGGACGACUGCGUGCUGCGCAUCGUGCAGCAGGAGGACCCGGCCGAGGCCAUCAACGCGAGGAGGCUCGCCGAGGUCGAGAACGACCGGGAUGUGCACCAGACCCUCGAGAAGAACAACCUCCCCACCGACACGCAGACGCUGGUCGCCGAGGACGAGGAAGACGAUGACGACAUGGACGACGAGGACGGCCUGCCCUAUGAUGAGCAGGAGCUCAAGGCCAUGGGCGUCAAGACCUCAGCGUCGCUCAUCAAGAGGAAGGGCAACCCGGCCAACGGCGUGCAAAAGUCACGAGGGCUGACACACUCCCGUGGCGGCUUCCCAAAAACCCACAACCAGAACAAGGGCCGCAAGAGCAGGAGGGAAUACCCAUCCUCAUGGGGCUUCGACAAGGGCCAGAUGACCAUGAAGAAGCGGGUCAUGGCUGUCUUUGACGGCCCCCGCCGGCUGGCCAAGGACGAUAUGAUGCUCUCCACCGAGCACGAGGUCCGCCUUCCUCUGGCUGACGGCAGGUCCUAUGUGACAGACCUGGACGUCCAGACCCUGCGGAGGGCUGAGGGUUUCCUGAACGCCACCGAUGAGGAGAAGGGGAUCUGGAUCUCGGAUGACCCUACCGAGGAAGAUCUCACUGCCAUGCUGAACCAUCAGCUGCAGUAA